AGAUUCUCUCAUUCGGUAGUCAUUCUAAUUAGGGUUGUUUUUUUUAAUUAAACAUUGAAUUAGUGCUUAAUUUUUCAGCACAACAACAACCAACCAGCUGAAUUUUUUUAGAAGGAAAACAUGGAUUCGCAAGUGAAGCUAGCAAUUGUGGUUAAGGUGAUGGGUCGAACCGGAUCGAGAGGGCAGGUGACACAAGUCAGAGUCAAGUUUCUGGACGAUCAGAACCGUCUCAUCAUGAGGAAUGUCAAGGGACCUGUCCGCAAGGGACCUGUCCGUGAGGGUGACAUUCUCACCCUGCUUGAAUCAGAAAGAGAAGCCAGGCGGCUGCGUUGAUGCCAUCUUGUUUUUCUAAUUUCUUGAGACUGAAUCUAGGUAAAGAGGGAAUAAAUUAGGGUUAUUUAUUUAUUUUUUGCUUUGAGCUUUGAAUCAUGUAAUUUAGGGUUUUAGCCUUUAGGCCUCAGUUUUGUUUUGAUAAAGUAGUUUGUGAAGAAGGAUUCAGCUCUGAUAAAUACUUCAAGUUUACUUCUC